UCCUCUUUCUUUCCUUUCUUUUUUUUUUUAAAUAAACAAAGUGUACAAAUUAUCACAUCAGUUAUACGAGAAAAAUGAAACCCAAAUAUCGAUGUUAAUGUGUUGGUAUCGACCAAUAUCGAUACACGUGUUGGUAUCGGUAUGUGGAUCGAUCCACCCACCACGAAGAAGCGGUGCGUUCUGGGAUGUGAAGUGAAACAACAAUGGCGGCCGCUCUACAGGCGAUUCGCGGCCUCUCGCUGACAUGUCUGCUUUCAUCGCUGCUCCUCCAGGCUUGUCGGAGUCUUGGCGAAGGGCUGACGUGGGAUGAGAAUGGCUACGUGUUGUACUGCCCUUGCAUGGGUCGCUUUGGGAACCAGGCCGAUCACUUCCUGGGAUCUCUGGCCUUUGCAAAGAUGCUGAACCGAACCCUGGCGGUGCCUCCCUGGAUAGUGUACCGCCACCACACUCCCCCAUACACCAACGUGCACGUUCCCUACAACGAGCUCUUCCAGUUGGAGGCCUUGUCUGCGUACCACCGCGUGGUCAGUCUGGAGGACUUCAUGAAGAAGCUGGCUCCUAAACACUGGCCCCCGGAGCAGAGGAACGCCUACUGCUUUGAGAGCGCUGCACAGCGGAGUGAAGACAAGAAAUCCUGCCCCAUGAAGGACGGGAACCCGUUUGGUCCUUUCUGGGACUACGUUGGUGUGGAAUUUAAAAAGUCUGUGUUGUUUGGUGGGAUUUCUUUCAGUGCCUACCACCAGCCUCAGUGGAUGAAGAAGUUCCCUCCCUCUGAGCAUCCGGUCCUGGCUCUGCCUGGUGCUCCGGCCCAGUUCCCGGUGCUGGAGGAGCACGUGGGCCUGCAGCGCUACGUGGUCUGGUCGGACAAGAUGGUGAAGGAGGGAGAGGAGCACAUUUCCGCCCUGCUGACCCGGCCGUACGUCGGCAUUCACCUGAGGAUCGGCGUCGACUGGCAAAAUGCCUGCAAACUGCUGAAGGACGGCGAGACGGGGCCUCACUUCAUGGCCUCUCCGCAGUGCGUCGGCUACAACCGGCAGACGGCGCUCCCGCUCUCCAUGACCAUGUGCCUUCCCGACCUGGCCGAGAUCCGCAGGGCCGUCAAGCUGUGGGUCAAGAAGACGUCCGCCCGCUCCGUCUACAUCGCCACGGACUCCGACUCUCACGCUGCAGACGUCGAGAAGCUCUUCAAGGGAAAGGUUAAAGUCGUGAGUCUGCAGCCGGAUUCGGCCCAGACGGACCUGUACGUCUUAGGCCGAGCCGACCACUUCAUCGGGAACUGCGUCUCCUCCUUCUCUGCCUUCGUGAAGAGGGAGCGGGACGUCCGCGGCCUUCCGUCCUCCUUCUUCGGCAUGGACAAGCCUGGGAAAUUAAAUCGCAGAGACGAGCUCUGAGUGUCAUGCGGGGGGUCGCCCCCGGACGGUGAUGCAGGAUGACAGUCACGAGGAAGGCAGAGAGUGUUCAGACACGACGCCACGGUUCAUUCGUUAUCUGCCAAGAAGGAUCAUGAGUUGAAGCACAAGGAUUUUUAUGAAGUGAGAAUUGUUUUGAAUGUUGUGACGAUGCUGCUGCGAAGAAACACUAUUUUUUAUUUCUAGUUCCUUUUCAGAUUAAACGAUUGAAACGGUUAAUUACACUGCUGUGCAGCUUUCCUUUCCGCCUGCAGCCGUUCCUUCAGCCGCAUGGCUGCAGAACCUUUGCUGACCUCUAAGAACCUUGUAAAAGGCAGAUUGAACUGUCAGCGACUUCAUUUUCCAUCUCUUCGCUCUGCUCUCUCUGCCCUCCAUUCCAAAAAGAGCACAGUAACUGAUCCUCUCAGUGCACACUAAUUAUAGGGAGGGAAAAGGAGACAUCUCACCUCUUUGUUUACCAGGACCAAAAAAAAAAGAAAGAAGAUAAACCUGCAAAUGCUGCAAAUACAGUGUUGUUAAUCAGAGAAUGUGGACAAAUGCAUGUGAAUGAGUAAAGUGAGCUACUGAAUGAAAUGUUUUUCUAUGUAAUUUUAUUGCCAAUAAAGUAGUAAUUAUAAAUUGUA